GAUUAUACAUGAACAAUAACGUCAACAUAUAUCGCAUCGCAACCUGCCUUUCCGGGUAGAAUAUCAAAACAAAACGUAGUAGCACGAGACCCUCACGCAAAUACUACGCAGUCAUUCAUCCGCUAACAGUACACCGAAAAAUGAGUCUGUUAUCCGUUUUCUGUAUCCUCUCUUUAGGGAUCUUAAACGUCCUGGCAAACGCUGCAGUCGUCAAAAACAACAGGCCGAAAGGUUGGCAGUUCUACGCAAUAUGAUUAUUUUACCGUUUUUUCCCCGAUUUACACUAUUCUUUUGCCGCUUUUUAGAUUUGGCGUUGGUGACGACGAAAGCCCCGGUGUCAAAGUUGUUAACAGAAAAACCCACACCUAAGUUAGUUAGCAAAGAAAGGAAGCUCACUCGGAGAGAACGAUGCUGCAACCUUGGGCGAAAGGUGGCCAAAAUCGGAGAAACGUGCACCUAUUCGCCCAACGUCGAUGACAUUUUCCCCAACUCGCACUGGCACCAAAUGAAAACAGCAGUUUGGACAAGACGAAGCCACCCAAUCAACCGGCGACUGCUACCCAAGUGCAAACCGUUCAAAGUUUUCUACGAGAAAUGUUGCAACUAUGAGUAUUCGCUCAUCACCGAGGAUCUUCUUCGAGCCAAAAGGAAGAUCAAGCAGUACUUGAAAGAAAUAAGGAAACAUGAGGCAGGAGUUGAGGGGGAAGGAAGUGCUGACGAAGUGGGAGGUCUUCCUCAGGCGCAAGAUCAGAAACAGUUAGUAAAUUCGCAAUAGAACUUUAAAAUGUUAACUACAAUACUCAAACAAUCUAAAUUCAAACAGAGCCUUGACGAUAUUCCGGCCUUUAAAUUGUGUACAUAAAAGCAAUUGAUUACGUUACGUUUUUCAAGAACGUUCUGCUGCUUUUUUCUACAUUGAAGAGGGCAGUUGUAUUAUUCAGAUCUAUAUUUACCAAACAAAGCAGAAGUUACUGAAAGGUGGUGGGCGAAUCGUCCUUAUGGUGUAAAAUAUUUGUCCAGUUAGUUGAAUUCUUUACGUUUGGCUCAAUUUGGCGCUUUGGAAAGUGAAAGAUAUUAAUAAAAACUUUCCCGAAAACGUCAUGUUCAGAUCAUAAGUAUUUUUACAUGUAUUACGAUGACGCAUUUCAAUACAAUACUAAAAAGUAAUCAUACAUGUAUGCAAAGCUCUUAACAUAAAGGCAAUAUCAAAGUCCUUACAGAUGAUUAAAUGCACGAUGACGAAACAUGAACCACUAGAAAGUCUGUAUAAAUUACAUGGCCCCUUACGUAUAUGCUUUUUGAGCUGCUAGUUAAAUCCUGUAAGUACUUCUUGUUGUCAGUCAAAUCCCUCUCGCGACUGUGACAGCCAUUGUAAAACGAAUAAGCAUUUUUAAUCGAACAACGUGUGCAUGAAUGUUUCGACACUCCGAGGCAAGUACAUUAUAUACAAACAGUGUGUGGUCUCAGAUGCUCAGAACUUUGGGUAAUCGUCAACCUAGCUGAUUUAUCCGUAAUGAAGUUCGGAUGAAAAUGUUUAAUCUCAGUUUUAUAAAGGCAUUGUUUAACAUGAUCGAGAAGAAGUUUAAAGUUGAGAACUAGAAUACAGAGUAUUACAUAUAUAAUCAAAAAAGACCACUUGUAUAUAGAAAUAUUUUUUCCAUUAUUGGUAAUAUUGUACGAAUUGCAUUGAAAUAAUUCCUUUCUCAUAGCUUGUAAAUAAAAUACAGAUGACCGGAA